UCCAAUUCCAACUGAUGAAUCUCUCCAGUGCUUUCAACUUCUUCAAGUCCUCCAAAUUCAUCUCUUGGAAAUCUACCGGUAGGCUUCAGCAAACUCUGGUGGGAUGUAUAGAGCUGACCGGGAAGACUCUACACUCCGGCAAGGUUUCAACGGUGAAGUUAUGGCCGGAGCUCGCCGGAGUAGGGAGGUACUUUGAUUUCCGAUCAAACGUGAUUCCCGCUUCAAUCGAUUAUGCCAAUGAAUCGCCUCUCUGCACAACGCUCUGUAAAGAUGGAAUCAGAAUCCGAACCAUCGAGCACCUGCUUUCGGCUUUGGAAGGCAUGGGAGUUGACAAUUGCCGGAUCGAGAUAGAAAAUUCGGACCCCGAAGAUCGCGAUGUUGAGGUUCCAAUUUUUGAUGGAUCAGCAAGUGAUUGGGUGGGGGCAAUAGAGCAAGUUGGUUUAAAGGUGGCAAGGGAUGAGUGUAGCAACACUUGUGAAAAGAUGGCAGCACAUAUUAAUGAACCUGUGCACAUUUGGAAGAAUGGUUCUUUUGUGGCUGCAUUUCCAUCCCCUAAAAUUUUUAUCAGUUAUGGGAUUAGUUUUCCACAGCAGGUGCCUGCUAUUGGCUACCAGUGGUUUUCUUCAGCUCACUUUGACAACUCUCAUUACACCAAGCAGAUAGCUCCAUCAAGAACUUUCUGCAUUUAUGAGGAGGUGGAGAAAAUGCGCAAUAUGGGACUCAUAAAAGGAGGCGGGGUAGAAAAUGCACUCGUUUGUAGUGUUAGUAAAGGUUGGUUGAAUCCUUUGCUUCGUUUCGACAAUGAACCUUGUCGUCAUAAGGUCUUAGAUCUUAUUGGUGAUCUUUCUCUUUUCGCAAGGUUUGGCAGUCAAGGGCUUCCAGUGGCGCACAUAGUGGUUUACAAGGGUGGCCAUGCGUUGCAUGUUGAUUUAGCACGUAAGCUGUCUCCAAGCAUCCAAACGGAUAAUGUGUUGGAACAAAUUUCUGUGGAGUAAAAAGAAAAGGAAAGUAAAAGAUGGAAUCCUCAGUGGCACUGGCACAUUCCAAAGCUGCUUUCCUUUCAGACAUCCCAACUAUUUUUCGAACCGAAAGAUCUUUUCACUUGGUAGAUAGAUUUAGUUGAUGAAUGAUACUUAGUAGGAUAUCUUUAUGAUUGUUGAUCAAGAUUAUGAUUUUUCCACCAACUGAAACUCUUCAGACAAGAAGAAAAAUUCUCGGGACAAUACGGUGAUAAACAUCACCAUUAAGGUGGGCUCCUCCUGCGGGCCUUGCGGAAUUCAUAUUCUAUUAGUGAGUGGAGUGUCCAAAUAUGAAGGGAACAACAGUCAAAUCAUUCAUUGCAAAUAGGUUUGUUUCUAUUAGAACUGUUUGGUAUUAGUGGUCUACGUUUGUUGUUCAUAUCUUCACCUUCCCAUCCUCUCCAGCCUUCUUCCAACCACCACAUUAUCAAAUCAUCAUGGUCAUUAUCACCGCUAUUAUAGCUGUAGUAGUUCUAGUUAUCUAUUUAAUAUACUUAUUUAUCUUUUUUAAAACUAUCUUCUUAGGGUCAGAACUUUCUCCCUAAUUUGGCACUUUGCGACAAUUUGUUUCGCUGCUUCUGGAGAUGGGUUAUGAAUGUGUUGACAUGUUGUGAUUGAGAAGCACACGUGCUUAGAAGAAGGGACUAUGCUCGGGAAGAGCACUUACGGUAGGUCAUUGAUUAAUUUGAUGGCUUAUUACUGACUAACUAAUAU